AUGUCUUCGUUGAGUCAUGGCCAACAGAAUAAUGACGAUUAUCAAGCAGGCACCCGUGUUUUUGAUACUAAUUCAUUAUUUCAAUGUCCAUUAUGUAGAAAAAACUUUCAAGAUCCACGUAUACUCUGCUCAAAUGGGCAUACAUUCUGUUUGUAUUGUGUUCAACAUGUUCUACCAGAUGAUGGCAUUCUUAAAUGUCCUAUUUGUAAAGAAUCACGUCACUUCGAUAGUGUUAACGACAUGGAACAAUUACAAAAAAACUACACGUUACAAACACUGAAACGUGCUGAACAUCAUCGUAUGGCACCAUUAGGUAUAUGUGAACUGUGUAAUAAAAAAUCUGCCUAUGGUCGAUGUUUUCAUUGUCGUUCAUUAGCUUGUUUUAAGUGCAUGAACGAACACGAGCAAAAUAUAGUUUAUGAACAAACAAAAGAAUACACUGAUUUAGUUAAAAUACGCGAUAAACUCAAUGAAAAUAUAUCUCAAUGGGACAAGAAAUUAAUUGAAUCAAAACAUAAUAUUCGUACAGCGAUACAAGCUGAUAAAGAAAAACAAAUUAAAAAAAUUGAAGAUCUUGAACAAGCACUAUAUGCUCAAUUAGAUGAUCUUUGUCAAAAUUAUUCAACGGCAAAAAAUAUUAAAUUACAAAACAUAAAAAUCGACGUUGAAAAAGAAUCUAAGACACUAGAUCAAAUUGAUCCAAAAAAUUGGAGCAUAUCCGAUCGUAUACAUUCAAGUCAAUACUGGCUUAAUUUACAACGAAACUUCGACGAACAAUCAAUCGAUUUUAUUUACAAAUCUACUAGUUUAUCUCCGGUUAAUCAUUCGUAUCUUGGUGAAAUUCAUCUUAAACCAUCAAAUCAAGAAAAUCAAUCCUUACAACAAUACAAAUCUAGUACGUUCGAUGAUCAUCUUCGUUUAAUUCCAUGCGAUCAAUUUGUAGGAAGACAACAUAUUAUUAAGACCAAAAAAGAUUCUAAAGCACUCUUCAAUCAAUCACCAAAAAUACAUCGUAAAAAUGAAAACAAUAAUCAAGCUAAACAAGGCGAAAAUAAUGAAUUCACUACACGACGAAUGUUUCGAACUGGUAAUCGUCAACAACACAUAUCCAAUGAAGCCGAUCAACAACUAGAAGAUAAUACACCAUUGACACCACGAAUGCCUAUUGCACCAAUACAUCUUGAAGAUUACAGUAAAAAAGCAACACAAAUUCUAACAGGUCCAAACGAAGCCGAUAAAUUUCUUGCACCGAAAGCAAUUGCUAUGACAGAUACGAACCAAUUGAUUAUUGCUGAUACGAAAAAACAUCGUAUUAUAAUUUAUGAUUUAAAUUUAAAAACAAUGCGCGGUAUAAAAGGUUUUCUUUUUCCCGAUGGCCUUUGCUUAGCUAAAGAACAAUAUAUUAUUAUAACUGACCGUCAUCGAAUAUCGAAAUAUGAUUGGUUUUAUGGGAAAAUGGUUAGUUUUAUUGGAAGCAAAAACGAAGGUUGUACUCGCUCAUCAUUUUCAUGGCCAAAAGGAGUAGCAAUCGAUAACAACUAUGUAUACGUAUGCGACUCUUAUAAUUCACGGAUGAUUGCACUUACUCAUCAAAUGCGCUAUGAAAAUGAAUGGUUGGUUAUGAGAGGUACAAAAAAACUUGACCCACAAUAUAUUUCAAUAUCGACUGGUCUGCUCUUUGUAACUGCCUGGCAACGUAUCAAACCUGAAUCAUGCGCAUAUAAUGCUGGCUGCAUCAUCGUUUAUAGUACAGAUGGUAGUGCUCAAAGAUGUAUCGAUACAGAUAUUCAAUCGUGUCUUAAUUUAAGUAUUCCGGAAGGUAUCGUAUGUGAUAGUGCAAAUCAAUUGAUUUUAGCUGAUCGGCAUACAUCCAAAAUCUUAUCAAUGAAUAAUGAUAAUCAACAAUCAGUCAUUCAUUUUCAUGGCGAUAAAAUGAAAGCACCACAUUAUGUCUGUUUUUCUAGUGAUCAAAAUACCAUGAUUGUUUCCGAUAUCGGAAAUAAUACGGUACAGUUUUAUGAAAAACAAAGUCAAUAA